AUGGGGCCCCUCGAUGAUACAGCAGAGAAUCUGCAAGGUAUACCUGCAGAAGAAAGACGAAGUCUUCAUUUAUUUCUGACUGUAGAGGCUCUUAAUAAGCUUUUGAACUUUGUAGGAGAGCCUGUAGCUGCUUCUUCCAAUCGGGGCCCCCAGGCAGGGGCCCCUAGGGGCCCCCUAAUAAAACCACGAACUCUUCCUGCAGCAGCAGUUAAAGAUGCCGUGUCUCUUGCUUCCUCUGCUUCUCAGCAGCUUCAGACGUUUCGUGCGGAGCUGCGAGAACUGCAGAAGCAGCAACUGCAGCAGCAGCAGCAGCAGCAGCAGCAGCCGGGAGGGACGCAUGUUUUUGCUGCAGGAUCCUUUGCAAGUUUGUUUGGGUUUGGGGAGCCGCUUCUCGAGUGUCUGCAUGCGCAGCUGAAGGUACUGGAAGAAGUUUGCUGCAGUGAUUCGGCUGCAGCAGCAGACAGCAGCAGCAGCAGCUGCGGCGCUUCUGCUGCAGCAGCAGACAGCAGGCGCUCCUCCUCUUUCUUUUUUGCAGGGCAUCUGCUGUCUCUGCUUGAGCAACUCUUAUGCUGUCUUACCGCUCUCCUUUUAAUUCUUAAGCACGAACUGAUACCCAACACCCAGCAGCAGCAGCAGGAACAGCAGCAGCAGCAGCAGCAGCAGCAGCAGCAGGAAUGGCGGCAGCAGGUGUUGUCUCGCGGAGACAGCAGCAGCAGCAGCAGCAGCAGCAGCAGCUUAGUAGCAUUCAGGGAGCUUGUGCUCUGGGCGCUGCGGUGUCUGUAUCUCAUAGCUGGUUGUUUUGAUUGGAAGGCAGACGCCCCUUGGCCAACAGCAGCAGCAGCAGCAGCAGCAGCAGCAGCAGCAACAGCAGCAGAUGCUGCUCCUGGAACUGCAGCACGAGAUGCUGCUCUUAAGGUGUAUCCGCGGAUUGCAGCAUCGUUGUUCAGUCUCCUUACAGGACCUUCCCCACCCCCCAGCAGCAGCAGCAGCAGCAGCAGCAGCAGCAGCAGCAGCAGCAAGCCCAGGAUGCCAGCAGCACGACCUCUGCCUCCAAACACAGGGGGCCCCCUCAACCCCUACUUCCUUCCAAUGCUGCAGCAUCAGCAGCAGCACCAGCAGCAGCAGCAACAGCAACAGCAGCAACAGCAACAGCAGCACCAGCAACAGCAGCACCAGCAGCAGGACAAACCCCAAGGAGACCCCCAAAGGGGGCCCCUAGGGGCCCUCUCUGGGGGCCCCCCAGGGGGGCCCCUCAGUGGGCCUAUAAGGGGGCCCCCAGGGGGGCCCCUAAGGGGGCCUAUAAGGGGGCCCCCAGGGGGGCCCCUAAGGGGGGCCCUAAGGGGGCCCCUGGGGGCCCCCCGAGUAUUAUAUGAUACGUUGAUUGGCGGAGUAGAAUUAUUUGUCGAGUGUUUGGAUGAUGAAGAUCCAAAGGUGCGCAUUGUUGCAGAAAGGUGGUUUGAUGCAGGCUUACCUGCAGCAGCAGCAGCAGCAGCAGCAGCAGCAGGGACAGCAGAAGCAGCAGCAGCAGGGACAGGUGAUGGGUUUGCUGCUGCUUUGAAGGAAGUGGGGGGUCUCUUUCAUUUAGUUCUACAGAAACCAACAGCAACUGCCGAUGCAUCUUUAUGCUGCUGGGGGCAGACACUAGACGAAGCAGCAGCAGCAGCAACAACAACAAAUGCAGCCGCAGCAGCAGCAACAACAAAUGCAGCAGCAGCAGCAGCAGCAGCUGAGUAUGAGCUUGUCCCUGGGUGCCUUUCGGAGGCCUUCGCUAUGCGCCCAGCUGCUGUGCUGCAGUUUCUAGGAGAGGGGAAGCUGAAUUCUGCAUUUGCUGCUGCUGCUGCUGCUGCUGCUGCAUGCAGCUGCGUCUUGGCUAGCACAAACCCUGAAGAAGCGCAGCAAAGGAAGGCAUCGCUUUUGUCUUCAUUAAGAGCAGUGCGGGGCUACUUAAAACUCUGCCGUCUCCUGCAGCAGCAGCAGCAGCAGCAGCAGCAGGGCCCAGCAGCAGCCGACGCGUAUGAAGACCCAUUUCACUGCAGCAGCAGCAGCAGCAGCAGCAGCAGCAGCAGCAGCGAUCUGGCUGAUGCUGAAAGUCUCGUUCUUGUUAGUGCGGGGCUGGAUUUAAAAGCUGCUGCUUCUUCUCUCUGCCGUCUCUGCCGUCUGCGCGCAACAAGCAGCAGCAGCAGCAGCAGCAGCAGCAGCAGCAGAAUGGGCCGUGCUGCAGCACUGUUUCUAACUCCAGAUAAGGGUGCAACAGAGGCAGCGCUGCAGUCAGAGGUAAUAAUAUUGCAGUUGCACCCCCCCGCGAACAGAGCAGCAACAGCAGCAGCAGCAGCAGCAACAACUGCAGCAGCAGCCACAACAGCAGCAGCAGCAACAGCAGCAGGUGCAGGCGCAGGAGGUGCAGCAGCAGCUCUCGCGGACAUUGUGCAGUUUCCCUAUGAUUUUGCUGCUGCUGAGGGCUGUGCUGCAGCAGCAGACACAAUUAUUUCUACUGUAUUUGCUGUAGGGGCCUCGCUGCCGCCUCUGCUGUUGGGAGAGUUGCUGCUGCUGCUGCUGCAGCAAGCAGCAAGAUGGAGUGUCUCUGCACCUCCCCUGCACGGGGGCCCCGUGCCUCUGCUGCUGCUGCUGCUGCGGCAGUCUGAGGCCCUGCUGGUAGUAGCGGCACUCUUAUCUUCUUUUUUAAAUGGAUUAAGAAAAGAAGAGCAGCAACUCAGCAGCAGCAGCAGCAGCAGCACAGCAGCAGCAAGCCGAAUGAAGAAUAAUAAACUAAGGAGCCUCCAACUCCUCUCUUACCUAGACCAAGCGCUUGAGCUCCUGCUCCAGCUGCAGCAGCAGCAACAGCAGCCGCAACAGCAGCAGCAGCAGCAACAGCAGCAGCAGCAGCAGCAGCAGCAGCAAGACGGCGACGAGGGUUGUGCGUCUGUUUGUAGUUGUUUAUAUUGCUGCAUGGAUGAGGGAGAUGUGCUGAGUGGGGCCCAAGAAUCAUUUGCUGCUGCAGAUGUUGCAGCAGCAGCAGCAGAUGUUUUGUCUUUAAUUUGCUGCUGCAUGCGACUAACUGUUGAGGCCGUAGGGCACCUGGGGGGCCCCUCUGCGGUGUAUGCGCAGCUCUCCCCGCUGCUGCUGGGGCUGCUAGAAGCAGCAGGAAAUACAAAUGAAGCUGUUGCGCAUGCAGCUGUCUCUGCACUCCAAGCACUGCACGACGUACUUGGUCGCUGCUGCAGCCACAGCGAACCAGCAGCAGCAGCAGCAGCAGAUGCAGCAGCAGCAGCAGGAAACAGUUCAGCAACAGAUACGCAACUAUUGAAGAGACACUCGGCAACGGUGCAGCCAGCAGAAGGGAAAGGGGAGGAGAAACAGCAGCAGCAGCAGCAGCAGCAGCAGCAGCAACAGCAGCAGCAGCAGCGGCAGCAGCAGACAGAGGCAGACGCAGAGGGAGAAGACUCAGGAGAAAGACAACUGCAGCAGCAGAAAUGCAAUGGGCUCUCCUCAUGCAGCGAGUGCUCCUACAUACGGCAUGCAGAAGCAGCAGCAGCAGCAGCAGCAGAAGGCGCAGGUGUAGCAGCAGCAGCAGCAGCUGCAGCAGCAACAGGUGGGAGGUGCACUGACGGGCCGCGGUGUUUGUUGAGGACUGAAGGGGCUUUGCUGCUGGAUGAAUUGGCUUGCCGCAUGCAGCAGCAGCUGCAGCAGCAGCAGCAACAGCUGCUGCAGCAGCAGCAACAGCAGCAGCAGCAACUAGAAGAACCGCGAAUUGUAUCUUUGCUUUCUGCUGUUAUCGCCUUGGCUCCGCCUUCUCUUCUGGGGCCUGUGGGGUCUCUCUUGACGUUGCUGCUGCAGCAGCAGCAGGUGCUGCAGGAGCGUCUGCAGCAGCAACUGCUGCAGCAGCAGCAGCAUCAGCAGCAGCAGAGUAGCGCUUCUGUCCCCGUGUGGGUGCUGCGUUUGUUUGCUGCGUUUGCUUCGUGUCUAUCGGGGCAGUUGAGAGCAGCAAGACGAAGCCGAUACUUUUUGUCUUUGUCUCCGUUUGUUUGCUGGCGUUGCUGCGAGUCUCCUGCAGCAAUACAAAUGCCUUCUGCUGCUGCUGCUGCUGCUGCACCUUCUGCAGCAGCAGCAGCAACUGCUGCUGCUGCUGCUGCUGCUGCUGCUGCAAGACAAUGCUCUUCUUCCUGUAUUGUACCCUCUUCCCUCAUGCGGCGUCGCGUCUCUCGGGGCGGCAUGUGGGCCAGCAGCAGCAGCAGCAGCAGCAGCAUUGCAGCAGCAGCAGCUGCUGCUGCAGCAGCUGCAGCAGGAGAUGCUGUAGGUUCAGCUCGAGAGCCUGCUGCUGUUUGUCUUCUCCGCUCAACGAGUUUGCUGUUUGUAAAUGAAGACCCAGAAGCAGAUGAGUUCCCUUCUGAACCACCUGCUGCUGCUGCUGCUGCUGCAGCAACAACAGAAGCAGCAGCAGCAGCAGACGGAGAAGCAGACGCAGAAGCAGCAGUUGCAGCAACAGAAGAAGACAUUGGUGCUGGUGUUGCUGCUGCAGGCGAAGCACCAGCAGCAGCAACAGCAGCAGCAGCAACAGCAACAACAGCAGCAACAGCAGCAGCAGCAGCAAGGCCUCCUUUAUAUGGAGGUCUUCGCGUCUGUGCAUUGCAGCUGCUGUCUCGCGUUCGUCUUCAUUUGCAAGAGAGUGAUGCUGCUGCUGCUGCUGCUGCACAUUUAACUCUGCUGCGGUGUUUGUUUGUUCUGUCUUCAAGAGAAAGAGAGCUGCUGCCAGCCAUUUAUGAGGUUUGGCCUUCGCUUUUGCCGUCUUUUCAUCAUACCGCCCCCCUCGCAGUAUUCACUUUGGCUCUCGGUAUUUUGAAGUUGCUGACUGCCACCGCUGCGCAUUUUAUCCGAGACAAGUACAUUAGGAUUUAG